AUGGGAUUCCAUAAAACGUUUACGCGAAGUCUUUUGCUGUUACUGGUUGUAUCGACACAGAUACAGACUCAGAAAAUUAAAAUAGAAGACAAUAUACAAACAGUGCCGAGCGACUUACGGAGAGCGGUCAGCGAAGCUCUAGCUUUGGAAAGGAGGUUCCAGCUUGGUGCCAAUGACGCACAAAACUGUACCUCAGAAGAAGAUGAUAUAAGUAAUACGCCGUGUCCGCCCAGCAAGUAUCGAAGUGCGAGCGGCGAGUGCAACAAUGUGAGGCACAGGCCCUGGGGCCGGCGGGGCGAUGUGUUCCUAAGGUUGCUACCUCCAAAUUACGCUGAUGGUGUAUCACAGCCGUUAUCAGCACCCCGUCUGCCGGAGCCCGCGUUGGCUAUACAGGCGGUGUCGCAUCUAGCACCGCCCGUAGAGCACGACUAUGUGACCAGCAUGUUGGCAGCAUGGGGACAGUUCCUCAUGGACGACCUCAUUGCUACGGCUAAUGGAAAUAAGAAAUGUGAAGGAUCAGUUUGCGAGUAUGUCCGAUCAGCACCAACGAGAAAUAUUGAUUCCUGUGGCUUUGAACACCGUGAGCAAAUGAAUCUGGCAACGUCAAUGCUGGAUGGGUCCGCUCUAUACGGAAGCUCGGAGAAAGAACUGCGCUCUCUACGUUUGUACGAUGCUGGGAAAAUGGAUCUUGGAUCAUGUCGGAAAUGCAACGAUGGAACGCCGUCUGCCCCUCUUUAUGAGGCGUUAUUAACAGAACACAACCGUAUCGCUGGAGAGCUGUACUCAAUGAAUCCCUUCUGGGAGGACAAUGUUCUGUUCCUGGAAGCGAGGCGAGCGGUGGCCGCGAUUAUACAACAUAUCACUUUUAAUGAAUUUCUGCCGGUGUUAUUAGGAGAGGUAGGAAUGGCUAAAGCUGAAUUGAAAUUGACAUCGCUUGGAUUCUGGCGCGGAUAUUCAAGUUCUAACCGCGCUGGAGCUUACACAGAACUGGUGUCAGUUGCACCUAUCUUCGAUGCUAUGAUGAAUGAAAAAUUGAUAAACACAACAGUGAGUCUCAAAGAUCUAGUACAAACAAGUGCCCACCAAGUGUCCAAGUUCCCGACAUCAGCCCAAUGGGACCUGCAGCGCGCGCGCGACCACGGCGUGCCUUCAUACUUGAAAGUACUUCGCAUCUGUGAUCCGAUGUUAAAUGUCAAAUCUUAUGCUGAUUUCGAAAAACUCAGCUAUAAUAGGACUCAACAAGAAAUGAUGGCAGAUAUGUACAGGAACCCAGCUGAUAUAGAGCUGAUGGUAGCCGGCGCAAUGGAGAAACCCGCCUCGGGAGCAGUCGUCGGGUCCACUUUAGCCUGCGUUUUGGCGUUGCAGUUCGCUAACUUGAAGAAAAGUGAUAGGUUCUGGUACGAAAACGACUUGCCACCAUCAUCGUUCAACGCGGAACAACUCGCAGCCAUACGGAAGGUGUCCCUCGCGGGCUUGCUCUGCGCCGCCGACGACGCGCUAGACAAGAUACAACCUAAGGCAUUUGUUAAAGAAGAUCCUUAUUUGAACGCGGCGCAACAAUGCUCGCAGCACUCGCGGCUGGAGGCGGGCGCGUGGCGCGACGACAGCGGCGCGCGCGCCGCCGGCCGCCUGUCGCAGGACGCGCUCGCCGCCGCGCUCGGCAAGGCCAGGCGGGAGAUGGCGGACCGCAAGAGGCUGGAGUACAUGCUGUGGGAAGCGAGUGGAGGAGCGGACCCGAAGUCCCCAGUAGGAACCGCCGCUUCCUUCUCUAAAGCCAACAAAUACGCUCUCAAACUUGCGAACACAUCUUUAUUCUUCGAAUUUGCAACCAAUGAACUUCUCAAUUCUAUCAAUGGACGCCGUCGCAAACGUCAAAUCCUCGACGGCUCCCUGAACUUCGAGUCCGCCAACGACUUCGUAGAGUCUCUUCAGUCAGUGGACGUGAGCGGGUUCCUGGGGCAGGAGCAGCUCGGGCCCGCCAUCGAGCCGCAGUGCGACGACCGCGGCAGCUGCGACCCCGACAGCCCAUUCAGGACUUAUACGGGUUAUUGUAAUAACCUAAGGAACCCCAAUUUGGGCAAGAGUUUGACGACGUUUGCGAGAUUGCUGCCGCCCGUGUAUGAAGACGGAGUGAGCCGGCCGCGCACGACCUCGGUGACGGGGUCGCCGCUGCCGUCGCCGCGCGUGGUGUCCACCGUCGUGCACCCCGACAUCUCCAACCUGCACACGCGCUACACGCUCAUGGUCAUGCAGUUCGCGCAGUUCCUCGACCACGAGCUCACUAUGACGCCCAUACACAAAGGUUUCCACGAAUCCAUCCCCGACUGUCGGUCGUGCGACUCGCCUCGCACCGUCCAUCCCGAGUGCAACCCCUUCCCGGUGCCGCGCGGGGACCAUUACUACCCUGAAGUCAACAUCACAUCUGGAGAACGGCUUUGCUUCCCAUUCAUGAGAAGUUUACCUGGACAACAGCAAUUAGGUCCCCGCGAGCAAGUGAACCAGAACACAGCAUUCAUAGACGCGUCAGUGAUAUACGGCGAGAACCCGUGCAUCGUGCGCAAGCUGCGCGGCUUCGGCGGCCGCCUCAACGCCACGGCGAGCCCGGCGCGCGGCCGCGACCUGCUGCCGCGCUCCGACUCCCACCCCGAGUGCAAGGCGCCCAGUGGCUUCUGUUUUAUUGCUGGUGACGGUCGAGCCUCAGAGCAGCCGGGUCUGACCGCCAUCCACACGGUGUUCCUGCGCGAGCACAACCGCGUGGUGGAGGGGCUGCGCGGCGUCAACCCGCACUGGGACGCGGAGCUGCUGUUCGAGCACACGCGCCGCAUCGUCGCCGCGCAGUUCACGCACGUCAUAUACAACGAGUUCCUACCGCGAUUGUUGUCUUGGAAUGCUGUCAAUCUGUACGGGUUGAAGCUAUUGCCUGCAGGCUACUACAAAGAGUACUCGCCCACGUGCAACCCGUCCAUCGUGACAGAGUUCGCGGCCGCCGCCUUCCGCUUCGGGCACUCGCUGCUGCGGCCGCACUUGCCGCGCCUGAGCCCCGCCUACCAGCCCGUAGACCCGCCCAUACUCCUGCGGGACGGAUUCUUCAGACCCGACAUGUUUAUGAAUCAUCCACCAAUGGUAGACGAACUUAUCCGCGGUCUCUCCUCCACACCCAUGGAGACCCUGGACCAGUUCAUCACUGGAGAAGUCACCAACCAUCUAUUCGAGGAUCGAAGGAUUCCCUUCUCUGGUAUUGACUUGAUCGCCCUCAACAUCCAGAGAGGUAGAGACCACGGCAUACCGAGUUAUAACAACUACAGAGCGCUUUGUAAUCUGAAGAGAGCAACCAACUUUGAAGAUCUAGCUAGGGAAGUCCCUGAUGAAGUUAUUGCCAGGUUCAAGCGUAUAUACCCGACGGUGGACGACAUCGACCUGUUCCCGGGCGGCAUGAGCGAGCGCCCGCUGCAGGGCGGCCUCGUGGGGCCCACCUUCGCCUGCAUCAUCGCCAUACAGUUCCGACAGCUCAGGAAAUGCGAUCGCUUCUGGUAUGAGAACGACAACCGAGCGGCGCGUUUCACAGAGCUGCAACUCGCUGAAAUACGCAAAGUGACGCUCUCAAAGAUCCUGUGCGACAACUUCGACGUGAACUCAGACAUACAGCGCGCCGCCUUCGACCUGCCCAGCAAUUUCCUCAACCCCCGCGUGCCGUGCGCGUCGCUGCCCAAGCUGGACCUGUCGGCGUGGCGGGAGAGCUCGGCGCAGGGCUGCCUCAUCGCCGCGCGCAACGUGCCGCUCGGCGAGUCCGCCUUCCCGUCCCCCUGUACUUCUUGCAUCUGCACCGUUGAUGGGGCGCAAUGCGCAUCUCUCCGCAUCACGGACUGCGCGCAGCUGUGGCGCGAGUGGGCGCGCGAGGCGGUGCUGCGCGACGACGUGUGCACGGCGCAGUGCGGCGCCGCGCCGCCGCCCGCCGCGCCGCCCGCGCACCGCGCGCCAAGGCGACCGCUCAACUUCAAAUUCCCAGAUUUAACACCGUUUAUAGCUAAG